UCAGCAGUAACAUUGCCACGUCACACUGCCACGUCAGAAGUGCCCCGCCACCAUGACGGGCGCAGCUCUGGGCAUGCCAGGCCAACUGGCCAACGAGUCUAUUGCCGACUACAAACAACGGUUCCAGACUCAGCUCGCACUUAUCGAGGCUGAGGAACAGCGCCAACUGGCAGCCGAGGCAGCCUGCCUACAGGCUGAAGCAGCGGCAACAGCUGAGAAGCAGCGGCUACAGACAUUAGCAGACGCAAAUACCCAGGCACGCCGCAAGGAGGCCCAGGAUCUGCUGCAGCGGCAUGAAGCUGCCAGCAUCGAAAGACUCAAGUUCUGGCACUUUCAACCGUCCAACGGCGACGACGGGACACCGGAGGAGCAGCACAAGGAGUUCCUCUCCAAACUCGUGACACGGUUGUUAUACGCUUGCAGCUAUCAACAGUCCGAGUUAGAGAGACAGAACCAGGAACUGCAGCAACAGUACCAGGAUCUGAAGAAACAGCACCAGGAGUUGGCAAACCUCCGUCGGACAGUGCAGAGCCACGAGGAUGCUACACGGGCACUCAAUUCCCGUGUACUGGACCUGGAGCAAGCUGUACCAGGACCAGACGUUGGGGUAUCCAGCAGUGCACCCUCUAAUCGCCAACUGGAGGAACGCGUCGACCACGUCGUCGCAAUGCUCGGCGACAUCAGCACCUUUGCUGAGCGGACCACCAUCAGCAAUCAGUUGGAUACCUUGAAGACCGAAGUCCAGCAACUGCAGUUGCCUAACAAGAAUGGCAACAGCACACAACAUUACAAGAUGCCAACUUUUCAAAUUGAGAAGUUCGAUGACUACACGCAUCAGGACCCGGUCCUCUGGUGGGAAGGUUUCACGACGCAACUUCGGAUUCUGUUAGUCGCCAAGCACGUGUACAUCGGCGCCCUGUUUCUUAACUCAAAGGGCGGAUGCCAGAUCUGGUUAACCCCCCUGGCCGCCACCCACGACGUCGACGUCGCAGAUCUGAAGGACAAGAUCUCAUGGGAAGAGUUAACACGGCUGUGGAAGAAGCGGUUCAUCGUGGACGACGCACCUGCACUCGCCAUCAACCGUCUCUUCAACAUGACGCAAGGCAACACAACAACACGUGACUGGCUCACAGAAUGGCAGAAGAUCGCGGCAACGCCCGAUCUCGACUUGCCAUUUACGCAUCUGCAUCGUGAGUUCUACAACAGGUCAUGCACUGCAUUGAGCCUUGCUCUUGGUGAUCGCGAGCAGUAUGCAACCUUCGCUGAGAUCAUUGACAAAGCGAGGGAGAUCAUCAAGACCAACAGGGCAGCUGCACACGAGAAGUCAGCGUGGCAGCCAACCUAUGUGGAGAAGGUAAAGACUGGUCCGCGGCCGCAGCAUGUCGCUGCAGUCCAAUCGGACAGUGGAGAAGACCCGGCAGCCGCCCAAGCAUCACGUGAGGGAGAUCAGGGUUCGACGUCAUGGUCAAGACUUGAAGAGCUCGACCCGUUGACGUUCACGGACUUCCUGUGGAUGCCCGUUCCCCCGACCAGUCGAUUGCCGAAACCGCAUUGCAACGUGCUCAUGGCACAAUUGCGGGAUUACUUGCACACUGCAGUACCGACUCCGUUGAUGGACGCCGGAGUAGAGGUUGUCGACCUUCACGCCUACAUUGCGAAGAUCGACCGCGAGUUCAAGACGCAACGGUACGACGACAUCGACGCACCAUUGCUAUAUGUACGCAUUCAGAUCGGAGAAGCGACCAGCAACGCUUUGAUCGAUUGCGGAGCAUCUCGCAACUACAUCAGCCAGGACUUCAUGGUGCGCGCCGGCCUUGGCCCACGCGUCCGAAGGAAGCCCCAGCCUACGCAAGUCACGUUGGCGGACAGUCACACGCGCAAGUCAAUCGACCGGUGCAUUGAUGACGUCCCAGUGUACUUUGGCGCUCACGCAAGUGAGGCGGCGUCCUUUGACAUUCAGGACACAAAAUUCGACAUGAUCUUGGGCAUGUCAUGGCUGCGAAGCGAGGAUCACUCGGUGAACUUCUACCACCGCACCGUUCACAUCCGUGAUCGGAACCGAAUUCGGCAGGAGGAUCGCUACAAGACCGCGUUUAAGACGCGAUAUGGGCAUUUCGAAUCGCUGGUUAUGCCAUUUGGCCUUACGAAUGCCCCGGCCACUUUCCAAGCGGCUAUGACAAUGGAGUUCCGAGACAUGCUGGAUCGAUACGUACUUAUCUACCUCGACGACAUCCUGGUGUACAGCGGGAGUUUGGACGAGCAUGUGGAACACCUGCGCACCGUUUUGGAGCGACUACGACAAGCCAAGUACAAAGCCAACCGCGACAAGUGCGAAUUCGAGCGGCAGGAGCUGGAGUACUUGGGACAUUAUGUGACGCCGCAAGGCAUCCGUCCACUUGCGGACAAGAUCGAGGCCCUACAAACAUGGCCCGAGCCCACCAACACCACGGACGUUCAUUCAUUCAUGGGAUUGGCGGGCUACUAUCCGCGAUUCAUCACCGGAUACUCCAGGAUUGCUGCACCUAUGACGAGGUUACAGUCGCCAAAGGUGCCAUUCGUAUUCGAUGACGACGCACGCCGAUCAUUCCAAGCACUUAAGACGGCUAUGCUCAUGGCACCCGUCCUUCGCAUCUAUAUCCCCACCUUGCCGAUGAGAGUGACUACGGACGCUUCCGGCUAUGGCAUUGGGGCAGUCUUGGAACAACACGAUGGCGACGACUGGCACCCUGUGGAGUAUUUCAGCCACAAAGUGCCUCCCAUCAACUCGCUUGAUGAUGCAAGGAAGAAGGAGCUGCUCGCAUUCGUCAUGGCUCUCAAGCAAUGGUGGCACUUCCUCCUUGCACGUCGUAGGUUCACAUGGGUUACGAACAACAACCCACUGACUUACUACAAGACGCAGGAUACGGUGAGCAGCACGAUCGGACGAUGGAUGUACUUCAUCGACCAAUUUGACUUCACACCGAAACAUCUUCCCGGCCUCUAUAAUCGCGCAGCAGAUGCACUCUCGCGAAGACCUGCUCGUUGCGCUAUGACACAUCAUGCCUUUGCAUUCGACGAGGAGCUCCAGCGACACUUCAUCAAGGGCUAUGAGUCCGAUCCAGACUUCGCCACGCUAUUUGCGCAGCUAUCUUCGGAUCACCCGCCGGCCAGCCACUACCGCAUCGCUGAUGGGUACUUGCUCCUGCACUCACGGGGCAAGGACUUACUAUGUGUCCCACGCGACCGCCGUCUUCGGACUCGCCUCCUUGGCGAGUAUCAUGAUUCGCGACUCGCCGGCCAUUUCGGAGUCAAACGCACUAUUGCACGGCUUCGAUAGCGAUUCCGAUGGCCCGACCUCAUCACCGACGUCACGAGGUAUUGCGACUCGUGCGAAG